ACCCCGCUCAUUCUUCUCGCCUCCCUCCCAUGAUGUCCAAUGUUGAAUUUCUAGAGAGGUUGUCAAAGAGUACGAGGUUGUCUUUCGAACGGCGAACGAAACAUAGUGGCGCAAGCGCAAGCGAACUACAAAGUAUAUUUUAACGUGAUUGUUUAGUGUUAAGGUGUAAAUAUUGGCUUAAGAUGUGAUGAUAUGUGGAGAGGCAAUGGCAAGCAAGUGAAUUAUGCUUAUAUCAUGUGGAACCGUAGGCUACGAAGAGGAGAAAGUGUUGUGUGAAAUCAAAGAGUCGCCUUCAAUGAUGUGGAAGAGGUCGAUUGCACAAGCUGGGUGUGCGCGCGCCGCGGCCCUGGCUCUGGCGCUGGCGCUCACUGCCAGCGUGCUGGGGCAGGCGCAGGGCGCGGACCUCGUGAUCGAGAUCCCGAGUUCGGGACUGGAAGGCGGCGCCGAGGAGGGCCACUACCGACUCGACUACCGCCCGCCGCACGGCAGCCCGCCGCCAAACCACACAGUGCCCGCGCGGGCCUCCACUAUUAACUUCCAGGGCUUACCCGGUACCAAAUACCAUUUCAUGCUUUACUACUCCAACGCCACGUUCGCCGAUCUACUCACCUGGAAUCAGACCAUCAUCACAGCACCGGAGCCGCCGACCAACCUGACGGUGACGCUGGGGCGCAACAAGCAGGCGACGAUCGCGUGGUCGCCGCCGGCACACGGCGACUACACCGGCUUCCGGUUCAAAGUGAUCCCGCUGACAGAGCGCGCCGAGGGCGGCGCGCGCAACAUCUCUGUGGAGGGUGCCGGCAACUGGACGUACACCCUGCGCGACCUCUCGCCUGGCGCCACCUAUCAACUUCACGCCUUCACGCUGCUGCACGACAAAGAGAGCGCCGCCUAUGCCUCGCGCAACUUCACCACCAAGCCGAAUACACCGGGCAAGUUCAUCGUGUGGUUCCGUAACGAGACCACGCUGCUGGUUCUGUGGCAGCCGCCCUACCCGCCCGGCGCCUACACGCAUUACAAGGUAUGUACCAGUCUUACGCGCCUCCGACUCCGCUCCGGCCUUCUACUACACAUUCAAACUUCAUAGGAAUUAAUGAAUAGAUUCAGGCGUUAC